AUGAGGUUUUUCACCGCCACGGUGCUCGGGCUUCUUGCGCCUAGCCUGUGUGCCGCGUCCGACCUCACCACGCCGAGUCGACUGGAUCUUCCCUCCGACUUCAAGCCCCCACAGGUCUUCAAGAACACAAACCUGGUCCGGAAUACCAACUUGGAGAAAGGCUUUGUGCGCGAAACUAUCAACGUUGUGGUGGAAAAUAUCGACAAGCAGCCCCAGACCGACUACUAUGUUCCCUUCCCUUCAGAGGUGUUUGACCAGGUUGGAGCUUUCGAAGUGAGGGACAAGAAGGUUCCAGAGCAGGGACGCUUUGAGGUCGAUACAACUGAGGCUGUAUCUUCCAGCGGCAACCAGUACUUCGUGGUUCACCUUCCAGAGCCAUUGGCCCCCAAGGCCCAGAUCACCCUUGGUAUCUCAUACUCGGUCCUCUCUGCUCUCAGCCCGCUUCCUGCAACCAUUCAGCAAAGCGAAAAGCAAUUCCUUACCUAUUCUUUCUCCGCCUAUACCCCAAGCGCCUACACAACAGUCACCCAGAAGACCAAGCUGAAGUUCCCCAGCACCAACGUGCCUGACUAUACUACCACCGGUGGCCUCAAAUCAGGCUCAGAUCCCGAGCGCAAGGGUGCAACCUACACUUACGGCCCUUACGACACAGCUAAGCUGGCCCCGGGAACCGAGUACCCUGUCAGCGUCCGCUACGAAUUCACCAACCCCGUCAUCACCGUCAACCUCUUGGAGCGCGACUUGGAGGUCUCGCAAUGGGGUGGAAACCUUGCCACAGAGGAACGAUACUGGCUGCGCAACAACGGCUCGCAACUCGCCAACCAGUUCUCGCGUGUUGAAUGGACCAUGGCCGCCUACCAGAAGGCGCCCAGCUCGGCUUUGCGCGAGCUCACCUACCCUCUCCAGCCCGGCUCUGUUGACCCCUACUUUAUUGACGACAUUGGCAAUGUGUCAACUAGCCGCUACCGUCCUAGCAAGGGUAAGAACGCCGCUAACCUGGAGCUGAAGCCCCGCUACCCCAUCUUCGGUGGCUGGAACUACAGCUUCCGCGUUGGCUGGAACAACGAUCUCUCCUCAUUCCUGCGUCUUGCUGCCGGUGUCAACUCCGACUCCCACGUUCUCAAGGUCCCUCUGAUCGAGGGCCCUAAGAUGGCGGAAGGUAUCCAGUAUGAGCGUGUUGUCGUGCGCGUUGUUCUUCCCGAGGGUGCUCACAACGUCCGCUUCGAGAUCAUCGAGGGUGCUACCAGCAACGGUCUUCCUGGUGCAAACCAGAUCCACGCUAGCUUGAGCUCCCUCAAGACCUACAUGGAUACUCUGGGCCGGACUACCUUGACCCUGGAGGUUGACAGUCUGACUGAUGAAGCCCGUGAUGCUAAGUUGGUGGUUACCUACACCCACACCAUGAUGGAUGCCCUCCGCAAGCCUUUCACCAUCUUUGCCGGUCUGCUGACAGUCUUUGUUGCUGCUUGGGGCAUUGGAAAGAUCGAUGUCAGCAUCAAGAAACGAUAG